UUUACAGACCAAAUACUGCAAAUACGCAUCUGGGUUUUCUUACAUCAACAGGAGCUUUUUAAUAACAAGUUCAGGUUUAUGGUGCACAUAUUUUAAAAUAGUUUUUAUUUUGGCUUCUCCAGGAGAAGGGAGAAGGAGCUGGGCCUGUUCAGCCUUGAAAAGAGACGACUGAAAGGGGACCUCAUUAGUGCAUAUAAUUAUCUAAAGUGGGGAUGCCAAGAGGAGGGAGCCAGGCUUUUCUCAGUGGUGCCAAUCACCAGGACACAAGGCAAGGGCUAGAAACUGAUGCACAGGAAGUUCCACCUGAAUAUGAGGAAGAUGUUCUCUACUGUAGGGGUGACGGAGCACUGGAACAGAUUGUCCAGAAAGGUUGUGGAGUCUCCCUCACUGGAGAUACUCAAGAACCAUCUGGACACAAUCCUCUGCAAUGUGCUGACCUUGCUUGAGGAGGUUGGACCAGAUGACCCACUGUGGUUCCUUCCAACUUGACUGAUUCUGUGAUUGUGUGAGCACAGCAACUCCCCAGCCAGUGUAUACUGUUCCUCUGACUUAAAGAAAGGACAUGCGUGGCUGCUCUUGUUAUAAAUAUUGUCAACGGCUUAGCCUAAAUUAAGAAUUAACAAGACCAGAAGGCUCGAAUGCUCUAUAUAUAGAUUUCUGUAACUCUCCAAGUUGGCCCGUGUAUUUCUGGCUCCACAAGGAAUGAAUGCAUGGCGUUGUGCAGGCGCCUGUUGAAGAUGAAUUUAUUCCGCACCGGUCUCGCCGCGGCAGCAGUGGCAGGGGAAGGGGCAGGGUGGGGGCGGUGGCAGGGGUAGUAACUGGGGCAGGCGCAAGGGCAGCGGCAGGGGCAGGGUCAGGGACAGUGGCCCCGGAGCCGCCCGUGCCCGUCCCGCCGGCCCUCGGCUACCUCAGCCCUCACGCCGUCCCUCCCGCCGCUCGGUGGCUGGGGCGCGGGGUGAGGCCGGGCCGUGCCGUAGCAACCGGGCGGUCUCCAGGCUCACAGCGGCACCGAGCGCGGCCGGGCAGGCGGCGGUGAGGCCGCGGCUGGAGGCAGGUUUCAGAAUAAAGCAAAGAGAAGCUGCCAGUCAAGAGAUCUAUCAUGACUGCUAAUCCAUCUAAGAGACUUGCCUGGAGUGACUCAGAUGGUUUUGAUUCAAAGCACAGACAAGAUCCUGAAGAUUCCCACACGGUUCACAAGAAGAAAUCAAAAGAGAAGAAAAGGAGACUGGUAGUUGAUCAGUGGAAAACAGAUGUACAGUCCCUUGUUUCUUCUUCUAAAUGGCUUCAGCGUUAUGGUCUCAAAAGAAACAAAUUGUCCCUCUCCCAGAUUUUGUCCCAGAUUGGAUUCCAGCACAGGAAAGAUUAUGUGCCCACCUUGGGGAAACCUGUGGCUUCUCGAUAUGCAGAUGGUCUGUUUCCUCAAUACAAGAGAGCACAAGAUGGCAGCGUGUAUAAUCUGACAGCCAAAAAAGAACUGAUUCUUCAUUUUGUGGAUUGUCUAAUUGGAGCUAUUGAGCUAUAUAAGCAGCGAAUGGAAUGGUUAACCAGUGAGAGCCGGCAGAUAUUUGGAGUGAUUCAAGAACAGUGCAUUGUCAUUGUGUUGGAUUUUGGCACUGCAACUCCAGCUGAAUUUGAUCUGUGUCGGGAUGCACUUUCUAUGGUGCUUGUGGAACAGGUGAUACAAAUUUCCAGAUUCAACCUCAUUCGGGCUGCUCAGGAUCUUAUGAAGUGGCAACAGAAAUGUACUCGUGUGUCUGAGCAUACUGUAGAGUCUGCAGUUACGUGGCUCUGGAAGCUGGACCAUAUGACAGCUGUCAGCCACACCAGCUCUGCUGAGGCUCUGCUGGAAGCCAUGGGUGAUGAAGCGGUUGAAGCUGUCUAUUACUUUGCUGUGGGAGAUGUUCCAGUAGACACAAAGCAGCUACUCCUUGAGAAGGUUUCAGAUGGCUCCUGUCCAGUCAACACAGUGUCUUUCAAUGCUAGAGAAGAGGAAACGAUUACUUUUCUGAAGGAGUUGAGCCACUUGACUUCUGGCAGAUUCCAUGCUUUUGCUGAGAAGAAUAACUGUAGAGAUGCUACUGGACCUGCACUAAAAUAUGAAGAGGAUGGAAAAAGAUUAACUGCCCUGGACUCUGGAAAAGUGAAAGGGCGAAUGCCACUAGUAGCUGGUGUCCGUGAAGAUGUGUUUUUGAUCUGGAAGGAGCUGGAGGAAGCCAGGAGUACAGUGAGACAAGUUCAGGAAAUGUUAUCAGAGUCUGACCAGUCUGCUUCUCAAGAAGCAAACAAAGGUGAUCAUCCAUUAUCAAAACAUGUAACUGACAAAUAUUUGACUUCUGAGAAGUGGUUGCAGAAGUAUGGCUUGAAAGCUCAGAAGCUCACACUGUAUGAUGCACUUGCUGAUAGUGUUUUUCGCCAUGUAGAUGGACCUGUUGACAUAAAAACUAAACCAGAGGAUGAAUGUUCACAAACUGAUGCUGAGACAAAGAGGAAGAUAAUUCAUGCAAGAUACUGUGACAAGUUUACACAUACCCUCUGGAAAGAUGGAUCUGUAGUUCAUGUAUAUGUUACUACAAAAAAGUAUAAGCAGUACGAAGAGAAAAUGAGGACAGCUCUCAGACAAGUGGAAAGAAGGAUUAAGUGGCUUCAACAAGGAAGCAGAGGGCUUUUUGGGAAUGUGUUUGAAGAUGACAUCUAUAUUCUUAUUGAUACCUCUCAGUCUAUGAACAACAAGCUGCCACUAGUGAAGGAAAAAAUAUUUCAGCUAAUGCAGGAACAACUGAGACACAAGAAGAGAUUUAACUUUGUGAAAUUUAGUGCCCAAGCAGUGGCAUGGCAAGAGAAACUUGUUGAAGUUAAUGAGGAAAAUUUGCAAGAUGCUUGGCUUUGGAUAAAAGGGCUUGAGGUUGGAAGUUCCACAAAUACACUCAAAGCUCUCCAGAUUGCUCUUGCUGAUACUGACACUCAGGCUAUUUAUCUCUUGACUGAUGGGAGACCUGACCAGCCUCCCCAGAUAAUUUUGGCUGAAGUCCUGCUUCACUGUAAGAUUCCCAUCCAUACUGUAUCCUUCAACUAUGAUGAUACAGAAGCCAAUAAAUUUUUGUAUGAACUAUCUACUAAAACAGAGGGACGGUUUCAUUAUUACAACAUUUAUUUGAGUGAUCCUGAUACUACAGAGUUUAUUGUUAAUAAAGACAUACAUCUUUUGAGAAGAGAAAUUGAUCAAGGAGAGAAAGAUCUAGAGAAAGUAAAGACCUUUCAUGAGAAAAGUCUGAUGAUGAAUUCUUAUAGUGAAGAAAAUUAUCCAGACAAGAAGAGUAGGCCGUGCUGUGCUUCAGAAGAACCGUCAGUGCCAUCACAUGAGCAAACCAGGCAAAGCUCUGCUGCCAGUCCAGCCCAAAGAAAGAAAGCAUUACAUGCAGAUCAAACAAAGACAAGUCUGCUGCAAAUCCAGAACCGUGGUGUGAAAUUUAGGGAAGAAAGCCCAGAGGAAGGAGUGUCUCCAGAGGAAAAGAGUUUUUCUGUCAAAAAGGGUGUGAAAUAUACAACCAUUUUCAAAGGCAAGUUGACAGAACAAGAAGCUCCAACUGGGGAAGAUGAUCUGAAAAUGCAGAAUGUGAAAGAGGCAUCUAAAAGCUCUCUAGAUGUCUCUUCAGCUCUUUGGUUAAAGACCCAUGGCUUGGCUGCUAGGCGACUCACCAUCAUGGAUGCCUUAGCUCCUACAACUGUCCUUCACAGUACCAAAUACAUCCCAGUUCUGGACAAGCAUGUCGUUUCUAAAGUAUUUGAUAAGAUGUUACCAUUGGCCCAUGUUAGCAGUGACAAGAAGGGGAUUGCACUCCUUAAUCCUUGGGCAGUGAAUCUUGAUGCCUAUAUAAGGAAGCUGGAACAUGCAGUUAAAUCCUAUGAGAGGCGCCUGAACCUAGUUAUUUGGAGUGCACUAUCUCAGGAGGAAAGAGACAAAUUUAAAGAGGAUGGGCCAGUCCAAUAUAUACGUCAUAAAGAAACUUUGCUGGAGGCUUUAGAGAAUUUGGGAUGGCCAGUUUCUUAUGAAGAUGUAAAAUUGUUAGAAGAUGAGAUAUUGACAGCAUUAACAUAUAUACAACAAGCCUCUGAUCUUCAGGAAACUAUCAAAAAGGAAAUUGAGAAAAGCUCAGAAUCACACAUAAGCAACAAUAAAAAGAGACUUGAAGAAGAAAGUGGGAAGGUGAAGUCUAAGACAAGACAAAAAUGUCAAAUCUUUGUGACUCACAAAGGCCAAAAGCUAAUUGCAAGAUCAGAUGUCACAGGAUUUUAUUAUCCAGGAACUGUGAUGAAGAAUAUUAGUUCUACCUGUGUACUUGUUGACUUCAGCAAUGGGGAGAGCUGUGAUGUCCCUGUCAAGUUCACUAUACCUGUGGGAGGUGCUAUGCCAUGCCCACAUCUGCAGGUUGGAGACUAUGUGUUUGCCAGAAUUGGGACACGGGCAGAAAUUGAAUGUUAUGUUCCUGCCAUUGUCAUAGCAACACCAGAGAGGGUGGAGACAGGUGACAAAUUCUACACAGUACUGCUGUUCAACAACAGGAAGGAACACUGUAUAAGAAGCGAGCUCAUUAAAAUCAGCCAAACCAAGUAUGCUUAUUCCUGUCAGUACAUAAGAAUGGUGCAAACAGUGGAUUAUGAGAUCCUGGAUGGUGAGACUACAGAGCCCUGCCCUCAGCCACCUGUGGAAAAUGAAGAAGAAGCAAAGAAAAGUAUAGUGAAAGAAAAGAGGGGAAAAAAGAAAAAGAAGGGGAGAACAGUAGACAAAAGGCAUUCCGGGGAGACAAUGUCAGACUUGGAUACUUUUGUCUUUAGAAGAGAAGUAAAACCAAGAGGAAGAAAUUCACUGUCUAGAAAUAAGGAAGAAUUUAGAGGUCGAACGUGCUGAAGAAGGUACCUUGUCCUCUUCUUGUGACACCAUAAAUAUUGAAUAUGAAUAUUAAAUGUUUUCUAAAAUUUAUUUUCAUUUACAUAUCCUUCUGUGUUUUAUCAGAAAGCGAAAAGUCAGAGCUGAUAAAGAUGUUAAGUAACACUAUAUGGUCAUCCUCACAUGGUUUCAUUAGAUACCUCUUUAUCCAAUCUCUCUACGUGACUGUGUAUUAGUCCUCUUUAGGUGUAGAUAACUACCCCAUUUUCACACCAUGCAAAUGUUUCACAGCACUCUGUGUAAGUUAUAUAAUUUUGUAAGUUAUAUCAAAUGUGCUACCUGAUCCCUGGUAUACACAUCUUUUUGAACUGUGUUAAUGCUGCAUCUCAUUUUAAAGAUUAAGAGAAUAAAGAAAACAAGUUUGCCUGGCAUUUUUUCCCUUCUGCUCAACUUCCAAUCAAGUAUGAACUAUUAGUUUACACUUACUGCGUGGCAGUUCAAUAUGUGUUGAGCACCAGUGAGAUUCCCCUGUGCCGGUUAACGCUUUUCCUUAGACGUUGUCAUAUUUGAUUACAUUGAUGUGGGUAGGUGUUAAAUAACAUGGAUGAGGAGUUGGAAAGCCCUGCUAUUCUAAUGAAUUAUUCAGUUCGUUUCUUGGACCAAGUAUUAAAAAUAUCAGGUAUCUAACAAUGGACUUUCCCUUCAUGGAGUUUUUGUAGUGCUGAAAUAAGGCUGGAUAUUCAAGUCAGGAGCCUAAACUGCACAAGUGAGGUAAAACACCCUGUUUUCCUUUUCAGACCCUGUAUCACUCUGAAGUCUCAAAUAUUGCCUUUCAUAUGCUAAACACACUGAUGUUCAUCAGAGUGAUUCCCUUCCAGGUUUUCCUAGUAGUUGCUUUCAUUACUUCAUUAUUUCUGGACUGUUUAUAUCAAAGGCGAAUUUUUUCAAAGUCAGCAUCUUAGAGAAGUGUUUUGAAUAGCUGUAAUAAUAACAAUUUUUGUAGUUAAAUAUCUUUUACAGGUUAUGCAAGGUUAUGCUUUUUCUUUUUUUAGAUUUCUAAAAGCAGUCUGUUAAACUGUUUUUUUUCUGAAAGAUGUCUAUUCCUCCCAUGUAUUCUUUUCCUUGUAAUAUCAAAUACCUAAAUAAUUUGGAUAUCUUUUAACUGCUGAAAAAUCCCAAUAGUCCUGAUGUGUUUGACUGAAGUAAAGGCAUUUUCUUCAUAUUUAUGUAAAUGUUUUCGCUAUGUAUGUAUAUCUAAUGCAUUAAAAGCAUUUAAUGCCAUCAGUGUUUUUUGCAUUUCCUUUACAAAGGUUUGUCUUGUCACUUUUUAUGUCCAGAUACAUUCACAUACACACACACACACACACACACACACACACAUAUAUAUUUAGUAAUCUGACUGGCCUGUGUUUUGUAACUAUUUGAUGUCUUAAUCAACACUUCUGCCUAUGUUUCUGCUGCCUUCAUGUGUACAUUUAUCUGUUACAUAAGGAAGUAAUUUCUCCUAAACUUGAAUGAGCGUUGCCAGAUACCAAGAUGGAUUUUUGUGCUCCCCAAGUUAAUGUGGAUUCAGCUACAUGGCUCUUAUAUAGGUGGUUGAUGAAACCUUGUAUUCCCAUAUAUUUCCACAGACCUGUGGGUCCUAUAUGAAUUAAGGGAAUUUGGACUAUUUGUGGUUUGGUUUAUGCUCAGCUAAAAUAUUUCUGAUUGUUAAGAGGAAUCAACAGCCCAUUCCUGUUGGUCCCGCUUACAGAAACAGCAUAAACAGAAGUGAAUAAAGAUUAAGUAAUUGUGUUAGAUAUUUAGCAUACAUUAUUGUGUUGAAGUGAAUUCUGCCUUAUUUUUUCCAGAACUACUGUAUUUGAAACAUUAUUAUUUUGAUGUGUAUGCUUGCCACUCUUACUGUGUUAGUUAGCUCUGUGUGUUUAUAAGAGAGAAAAAUGAAAGCUUGGCAAAUUCCUGCUGACUGUUGGCUAAUGAUUCUUUGCCUUGGUAACUCAAAUAAAACUAUUUGAUGUAGCAAGAUCAUUAAUACUUAACUCUGUCCUUGGUUAUU